AUGAACUCCAGAAGCCUCCUGGUCUUCAUCUUGUUGAGCCUCACAUCGCAGGCGCUUGGGACCAGACACAUCCAGCCAGAGUGUGACCCCAUCACAGAGUGGAAGAGGAAUGAAAGCGACUGCCUCAGAGAGAUCCAGCAGCAAAGGAAUGAAACAGCAGGUUGCAAGAGAAUAUGGGACCAAUUUCUUUGCUGGCCGGAUGCAAACCCAGGACAGACCCUCACCUUUGACUGCCCAGGAGUCAUUGUUCACUACACGAAGCAGAGAGGCUGGGUGAAAAGAAGUUGCACAGAGCAAGGCUGGACCGACCCAUUUCCGCCAUAUUCUGUCGCCUGCCCGAUAGAAGAGGAGCUAAUUCGUGACGGAGAGAUUGACGUUGAGCAGUUCUACAUGGCAACGGUGAAAACCAUCUACACCAUCGGCUACAGCAUCUCCACCGCCUCUCUCACCAUCGCUGUCAUGGUCCUCGUCGCGUUCAGGAGGCUCCGCUGCCCCAGGAAUUAUAUCCACAUCCAUCUGUUCCUCACCUUCAUCCUGAAAGCCAUGGCGAUUUUCGUCAAAGACUUGGUGGUUUUCCAGACGGAAGGCACAGACUACUGCAGCUUCUCCACGACUCAAUGCAAGAUCUCCGUGGUCUUCUCUCACUAUUUCAUGAUGACCAAUUUCAUCUGGCUUCUAGUGGAAGCUCUUUACUUAAACUGCCUACUGAUCUCAUCCUUUCUCCAUGGAAGACGAUAUUUCUGGUGGCUCGUUCUCUUCGGCUGGGGUGUGCCAACAUUUUUUACUACCGUCUGGAUCUUGGUCAAGGUGCAUUUUGAAGACACUGCGUGCUGGGACAUAACUGAAGGCUCUCCGUACUGGUGGCUGAUCAAAGGCCCAAUCAUCUUUUCUGUUGCGGUCAACUUUGUUCUUUUUAUCAACAUCAUCAGAAUCCUGCUGAAAAAAUUAGAUCCGAAACAAAUCAACUUCAACAACUCUUCUCAAUACAGGCGUCUCUCCAAAUCCACCCUCCUUCUCAUCCCUCUCUUUGGAACGCAUUACAUCAUCUUCAACUUCCUCCCGGAAGGAGAGCACACCCACAUGGGAAUCCGUUUCUACUUGGAGCUCUGCAUUGGAUCGUUCCAGUCACAACAGUGGGUCUUUCUCUCUCCAGGUGCAAGCAGAAAUUUGCCGGAAGUGGCACGGCAACAGUUAUGGGUUGAUGCCCAUCUGGAGGAAGAGGACAAGAUGGACCAUGCCGUCAAGUUCCGGGAUCAAAAUGUCAACUUCCGUGUGUGA